AUGGCCAGUCUCACCCUUUGUCGCGCGGCCGCGGACUUCAAUCCGCAGCCCAGCCACAUGAACGGCGUGGUCUGCCAGCUCGGAGGGGAGGAGGUGCGCUGCGGCCAGAGCAUGGCGAAGGCCAAGCUGGACCCCGCGAAAACGAAGAAGUCGGCGAGGAUGGAAGCAGCGAUGACAGAAGGAGUGGAGAAUGACGAUGAACGUGAGGCGCCAAUGCCGAGCUGGGCACGAAGGCUGAUGGAUAAGAUGGACGGGGUCAAGAGCACAGUGGAUGGGAUGACAGACGACGUAGACAGGGCGGCGAAGCAGGCGUCACUCGCCGUCAAGGAGCUUGAGGAGAACAUGGUCACGAAGCAGGAGUUGCCCGAGCUGGUCAAAGGCCUCUUGCAGGAGGGUCCGACGAUUGCCGGCGGCGUGCAGGUUGCGGGCGACCCAGAGCCAGUCAUUUUUGGUGGCUUGAAGGGUGCAGGCGCAGUGGAGGAGGCGGAGAAGUGGGUACGUAUCUCCCUCAAGCCCUAUUUCAAGCUCAAGAAAAUCUUAUGCGGUUGGGGGUUCCACAAACGCAACAUAACGGUCGAUGACGAGAACGCCGUUUUAAAAGUGGGUGGAACGAUUGUUGCCAAAGCGCAGGUGCAUGGGGGAGCUCUGGCGGUCGAAUGGCCGAGCACGGAGUGGAAGGACUGGAAGGAGUUGCAGGACUCGCAGGAGCUCAAGGACUUGAUCCAGCAAUGCCAGACCGACUUGGCAUCAGCGUACAUCAAGCAGCGCAAAGGGCUGGGCAUGCGUGGGCAGAUUGAGGAGGACAUGGUGGGGAUGGCCGACGCCAUGAAGUCCGUGGCUGAAGGGUUCGGCGCGACCCUGAGGGAAGACAACAGGCGCCUUCAGGUGGGAUGCCGGAGAAGACGCAGGAGAUCAACAGCACCGUCGGCCAGAACUUGGACAAGGUGCAGUCCGAGACAGACAAGGGCAAGAAAAUGCUGAGGUCUGGGCGAUUCAGUUUCCUGUGCGAGAUGGUGAUGGUCGCGACCAGCGUCGUCAUCUUCUUCAUGAUGAUCCCGUUCAUCGUCUUCACGUGACCUGUCGUGCGGCUCGUGCGCGCCGAGACCCUAGGCCUCGGGCCGACCGAUCCGGUCACUCCCCGGUGUCCCUUCCUUUUUGCCGCGCCGCCCGGGACGUCCUCCGGCGCCGCGGGACCUCCGAGAUUCCCGAUCUUCGUCCUCGCCCGGCGGCCUCCGCGCCCGCGGGCUCCGUCUCGCCUGCACGAGCCUCCGGCGGACUCCUGCCGCGAGCGCGAGCCGCCCGAGGGUGCCCCCCCCCCCGUCUCCGGCGCGCCCGAGGGGUGCCCGGCGCCUCCUCCUCCUCCUCCUCCUCC